AAACCACCACCGUCUGCCCUUUGCCAACCAGGCAUUGUACUGUGGAUACAAUGGCCAGACUGCGUAUACUUCAUUGGUGCAACAACAUAACCGAAUUUGAAGUUCUUCACCGUUAUUAUACACUCUCCCUGAGCAGUGCUGCAAUCAUUUGCGCUUUCUGCUGUCUCAUCGUCCUGCUCUUCUACGUUACGGCAUCCAUCUGGCUUCGAUGGACAUUCGUGUUAUCUGCGCUGUUACUCCUGCUCAGAAAUAUAAAUCACCCCGUGUCUCAAUCUGUCUUGAUCAUUCCGCCGCACGGACUACAAUUAACAUCACGUACAGCUGUUGGUCGUCAUUUUGACACCUUUCUUCCAGCACAUUCAAUUUCGGAUAUCCUCAUCAACGAAGGAUUUAGCCGACUUAGCAUGAGAUAUUACCUCGCCAUUAUUGUUGACCUCCAGAAAUCUGGACGACCAGUGCGGAUAGUCACUCCGCUUUCGGAUGUCAAGCCGACAUUCCAGAUUCUGCAGGUGAUCUAUCAUACAGUCCGAGAGGCUCUAUUCAAUGAGUAUCAACGAACAGAGCGGUAUGAGUAGCCUGAACUCUUCUUGUGGGUUUUGGGGAACCCCUUGAUGAUUCGCCAGUGCACGAGAGGAGCUCUUGUAUUGCACAGGACUCCGCAGUAGCACGGGUGAUGGCGUGGUGCGGAAUGCCGAUGAAUGUUACCUAAUCUGCUAACUCAGGUGUUUU